AACGUUUUUGAGGGAGUCGGAACCGCAUCGCCUGGAGUCAACAUGCCGAAGUUUUAUUGUGAUUACUGUGAUACUUAUCUCACCCAUGACUCUCCGUCUGUGAGAAAAACCCAUUGCAGUGGCAGGAAACAUAAAGAGAAUGUAAAAGAUUACUAUCAAAAAUGGAUGGAAGAACAAGCACAGAGCCUGAUAGAUAAAACAACGGCUGCAUUUCAGCAAGGCAAAAUCCCACCUACCCCGUUCUCUGCUCCACCUCCUGGAGGAGCAAUGAUACCACCACCACCUAAUAUCCCUGGUCCUCCACGGCCUGGUAUGAUGCCAGCACCCCAUAUGGGUGGACCACCAAUGAUGCCAAUGAUGGGACCACCACCUCCAGGAAUGAUGCCAGUUGGACCUGCUCCAGGAAUGAGGCCACCUAUGGGAGGACAUAUGCCAAUGAUGCCAGGACCACCAAUGAUGAGACCUCCAUCCAGACCUAUGAUGGUACCAGCCAGACCAGGAAUGGCUCGCCCAGACAGAUAAAGUGGAAUUGGACCUGCUACUCCUUUCUUUUUUCUUUUCUUUUCUUUCUUUCUUUUUGAUGUAUACCUUUCUGAUAAGCUGUGGAAGUUGCAUUGCCCAAAUUAUCAACAUUUUUUUAAAAAUUUAUAAUCUAAAAUUGAGGGAGGGAGAUGGAGCGGGGGGGCGGGGAACCAUAAAAUUUGGACAGAGGUUUUGUAGCAUUUCCCAAAUGAUUUUUCAUGCUUGUUGUUAAAAUAAAAUAUUGAUAUUGGUUUCUCGUAUUUUGUGUGCUGAAACUAGAAUGAUUCCAUUAAAAUAGUUAUAAUUAAUGGUGGCAUGCUUCUUCCCAAAAAUGGCACUGCUCAUGGUGGGUGAUCCUUUCCAUACCUUUCAAACUUGCUUAGGCACUCUAUUAUUAACACUUAAUUCCUAGCUUGCUCUCAUACUUAGUGUGCUUUUACUAGAGCAGGGCUGUCAAAGUCCUGGCCCACAGGCUGGAUAGGUCAUGUGCUGGCCACCCCCACACCCGGGAGAAAAAAGUCCCAAUAUGACGCAUGACACUGCUGUGAUGACAUGAGUUUGACAUACCUGCUCUAAAGUGAUGAGGUCUAGUAUUCUCUUCACCCUAGGCCUAACCACUUUGAUCAUUGUUCUAUAACAAUCUGUUUUGAGGGCUUCCUUCCUUACAGUGUUUAGAAUACCAUUGUGAAACUACCCCUAGUUGUGGGUGGGGUAGGAAAAAAGGAGACUAAAUUAAACUUUCUACUCCUUAGUAGCAGGAUUAUUGUAUUCUGCCAGAGAAUAGUUUGCACAAUUUGAAAUGAGAAUGAUUUUGCAUCUUGAUACUUGUUACAUUGGUGGAAUGACAUAGCAAUGAUAAUCAGUAUUCCAGAUGGUUCUUAGUGGUAAAUAUUUCAGUAACUUAUGCUUUAUUUCUUCAGCUGUACAGAAAAUAUAUGCAUUGUUAAAAUUAAACAUUUUGAAA